CAACGAAACACAAAAACUGACUAUGGAAGAUAUUUUAAGUGUGGACAAUGCUAAAGAUAGUUUAUUUAAUGAUACUUUAAAUGAUUCUGACAAUAUGACUAUAGUGCGUCCAACUGUGCACGAAGAUGUAGUGACUAAAUUUUUAAGAUUGAUAGAAACGCAACAUUUGUUAGGUGAAAAUUGUACAGCGGGUACACAUUUAAAUUUAGGGGAAGGAGUGGUAGAUAGAUAUGCUCAAGAAAGGUUUAGGAUAGAAGCGGAGGUAGCCGUUAAUAGAGCUAAUAUGUUGACAAGGUUAUGGAAAUAUGCGGGGCCGUCUGUAAUGCAUAAUGAAUAUUUGUUGCACGCGAGUGUAUUUUCUAUGGUGGAGUUCGAUGAUGACGUAUUCGCGGCCGGUAAUUGUUACGACCAAUAUCAAUACAAGGACUACCAAUUAUUUUGUCCGUUCGCAUACAGACUGCCCGAAGGACCAAUUCUAGCAAAGGAUCUGGCUGUUGAAUACAAAUAUUUAAGUAACACAUCAGAAUGGUUUUACAUCGCCCGCAAGAAUGCUGAACGAGUUAUUCGUAAUCAUAAUCAAUUUAAAAGGGGUUACAACACGUAUACGUAUAACGAUACAGCACAUACUGAGAGAGAGUUCGACGAGAUACUAUCAGUGACGUACGAGGACGGCAAGUGGUCCAAGCCGUACUACGACUGCGGCGGCGGUAACAUCUGGAUGUUGACGUACACCGUACCUUUCUUCGGUUACAACAAUGGCACUUAUUUCUUCAAAGGUACGAGUGGUAUCGACAUAGACUUACGACGCGUCGACAUCGACCAAUGCCCGCUCAAGCCCGGCUCCACGCAACUCAAUAUAUUUGCAGGAACCGAUAAAUGCAAGAAGAAAACCACUGAGUGCGUGCCUGUACCCGGGCUGGGGUUCAGGCGGGGCUCGUACCGCUGCCUCUGUCGCAGAGGAUUCUACUUCCCCAACACCACCGCAGAAAAUCGCUACUACAAUGGAAGCGAUAUUGAAGAGGAGUAUGAGAAACAUCUUUUGCAUCAGCUUUCUCUGUACUCGAUGAUCUCCGCGUUCGAGUGCCUGCCAUGUGCGGAGGGGUGCGAGGCGUGUGUAGAUGGGUCGCCGUGCGUCGCCGCCCUCAACUGGGUCGUCAGAAGCUCCAUCUUAGCGUUGGCCUGCUUCGUCAUAUCCUGUUUGCCGUUUAUCGUUUACUUCACUAUUAAGUACGGACACGUCAGGGUUGUCCGAGCGGCCAGUCCAGCGCUUCUCAGAGUGAUAGUACUGGGUGCAGCUCUGAUCUACUGCACCACGCUAGUGAUGUACGGCAGGCCGACCGUCUUCACCUGCACGCUGAGGGUCUGGCUCCGGGAGGUCGGCUUCUGUCUUACAUAUGGAGCGCUUAUGCUCAAGACAUGGAGGAUAUCAAUGAUAUUCGAAGUGCGGUCAGCGAAAGCUGUGAAGAUAUCAGACAUGUACCUGCUGCGUCGUAUCGGUGUGAUAGUAGGCGUGGCGUGCGUGCUGCUCUCUAUACGGACGCUGGUAGCACCGCCCGCCGUCAUCGUAGGCCGCACCAGAGAAGACCUUAAAGCUUACUUAUGUAACACUGACUGGUGGGAUCAUUCCUUCACAACAUUGGAAGUGAUAUUUCUGAUGUGGGGCAUCCGGUUGUGCAUCAUGGUACGGAAAGCGCCUUCAGACUUCAACGAGAGUCGCUUCAUCUCGAUGGCCAUCUACAAUGAGUUCUUACUUUCUGGCUUCCUUAAUAUAUCUAUGUUGUUCUUGCAAUCUCCAGCGAAUCCGGAUUUACUCUACAUAAUAUUUUUCUGUCACACGCAACUGACAGUCACGUUACUCUUGCUGUUCAUAUUUGGAAGUAAGGCGUAUAUGGUGUUUAGAGGACACGGCAAGGACGACAAGGACAAGACAGGCAAGUUCCGAACCCGACCUGCUGACUCUACCUACACUAUGACAACAAACAACACACAUUUUUGUGACAAUAUGACUGAACGAGAAUUAGAGGAGGAAUUCAAAAAGCUGUGCAGUCAACUCGAUAGACUACGCGAGCGUUGCGGCUCCAGUUCUAAUAUUGCGAGAUGUAUCUCGGAGAUGCGAGAAGCUGCAAACCGCAAUGAACGCAGAGGUAACUGCGCCGAGCACUCAGCACCUUUAAGACUGAAUAACGUGUUCAACGCAGUUGCCGGCAGACUCAUGUGCAACGUCACCCCAGGGGAGGAGUCCAGUAGUAGUGGCAGGGAUAUAAUUUGUGAAGCACCACCUACUUGUAGACAAAGAGCCACACCAACUAAAAGCGGGGAAACUAGCAAUGCAGAACAAAGUCAAACUGACGUCACAACUGACUCGCCGAAAAAGAAAGACGACCAGGAACCCAAUGAGGAAACACAAAAUGGUGUUUUUAGAAUAUCCGGGGAAGCUAAUUGCAGCGAUGUUCGGCCACCAGACAUGUCUAACAUAAACGCACCGAGUACUAGUUCUGCGAACAGAAAUCUACCAAGUACUAGUACAGCUAGAAAUUUACCCAGUACUAGUAGGGACAGUAGAGAUAUACCAAGCACUAGUACGGCAUAUAUAGACGUGCCGAGCACUAGUACAGCCUAUAGAGACGUACCGAGCACUAGUACGUCAUACAGAGAUGAACCGAGCACUAGUACGGCAUAUAGAGAUGCACCGAGCACUAGUACAGCAUAUAGAGAUGAACCGAGCACUAGUACAGCAUAUAGAGUUGAACCGAGCACUAGUACAUCAUACAGAGAUGUACCGAGCACUAGCACGGCAUAUAGAGAUGAACCGAGCACUAGUACAUCAUACAGAGAUGUGCCGAGCACUAGCACGGCAUAUAGAGAUGAACCGAGCACUAGUACUUCAUACAGAGAUGUACCGAGCACUAGUGCGGCAAACAGCGAUGUGCCAAGCACUAAUAAAGCUAACAGAAAUGGACCAAGCUCUAGUACAGUCAACAGAAAUGAUCCAAGCACGAGUACAAAUAAUAAAAACAAUAGUACAAGUGAUAGAAGUGAAACGAGAACGAGUCCGAGUGCUUCAGAAUCAGUGAGAGGUGGUGUGAGAUCAGGACACGCUAGAACUCAUGCUAUAGUUAUUAAUUUAGAUGACAAAAGUCGUUUCACGGAAGAAGUGACAGUGUGA